AGCUAGCUACCUACACUGCACCUUGCUCUGCUUCCUCUGUCGGCUGUCUGCGCUGCACUGGUAUCACUGCAUUAUUACAUAAGCGACAACUCCUCCUGGAUCUCUCUCUCUCUCUCUCGCCUAUAGGUAGAACCCUUGCAAACCCCUCCCACUUGCCACUUGCAGAGCUCAAGCCAGCAUCCAUGGCGCCGACCCAGCAGCGGCUUCUCACUCGUCGCCGUCUCCUUCCUCCUCUGCUGCUGUUGCUCCUCCUCGCCGCACAUCUUCAGCCUGCUGCUGCUUCCUCUUCUGCUUCUGAUCCGCUGGUGACCACCACGACGGCCCACGGCAGCAUGAGGGCCAGCAGCAGGUCCCUGCUCCAGCAGCAGCCGCCUCCCAGACUAGACUGCCCCAAGGUGUGCUUGGGCCGCUGCGCCAACAACUGGAAGAACGAGAUGUGCAACGACAAGUGCAACGUCUGCUGCCAGCGCUGCAACUGCGUGCCCCCCGGCACCGGCCAGGACACCCGCCACAUCUGCCCCUGCUACGACCAAAUGACCAACCCGCACAACGGCAAGCUCAAGUGCCCUUGAUCUAGAGCACAUCAUCUUCAGAUGUGUCUUCUGUCAUGCAUGUUCUACUGUUCCCACCCUCAGGGAGUAAUGGCCUGUGAUCUUAUCAAAGCAUAAAUAAGAAGAGAGAGUUUCUAUC